AUGAGACUGAGUUAUGAAACCAUAACCAUUGAAUGGAAGAACGGAGCACAAGCCCACGGACCAAUCAUAGGUGUAGAUGUCGGCAUGAAUACACAUCCCGAAGCUGGGGAAAUGACCCUGAAGAACAAAGAGCCUGUACAUCUGGAAACAUUGAGUAUUCGAGGAAAUAACAUUCGAUAUUUUAUUUUACCUGACAGCUUGCCUCUGGAUACACUACUUGUGGAUAUUGGACCUAAGGUGAAAUUGAUGAGAAGGGAAGCUGCUGCGGGAAGAGGCUGA